CUGAUGGCCCACCCGCCCUACGGCAUGCAGUUCAACCACCAUAUGGGCGGCUACCGCCAGGGCCGUCCCUCGUGGAUGGACCCCGGCUUCUACCCUGUUGAGGAGCGGCUGAUUCAAGGCGCCAAGACGGACGCCGACGCGGCGUUCCUGGUGGACAUUGCUGGUGGUGUGGGCCACGACCUGGACGAGUUCCGCCGCAAGGUGCCGCACGCGCCUGGGAGGCUCGUGCUCCAAGACCUUGCGCCGGUCAUCGAGCAGGCGCAGUCGCUGAACUCGCGUAUCGAGAAGAUGGUAUACAACUUCUACACAGAGCAGCCAGUUAAGGGAGCCCGCGCGUACUACAUGCACUCGACGCUGCACGACUGGCCCGACGUCGAGUGCGUCAAGAUUCUGGACCGCGUCAAGGAGGCCAUGACGCCGGGAUAUUCGCGGCUGCUCAUCAACGAGAACGUGAUCCCGCCGCGGGCGGCGCAAUGGGAGGCCACGGCGCUCGAUAUCAUGAUGCUGACGCUGCUGAGCUCGCGCGAGCGCACCGAGGCCGAGUGGUACAGCCUGCUGCAGGACCAGGCAGGCCUGCGCAUCACGGGCAUCUACACAGCCCAGAAUGGUGUGGAGAGCAUCAUUGAGUGCGAGUUGGCUUGA